GCAGCCUAUUGCCAUAUCUGUUUCAAGUGCACCAGUGCAAUAGGAGAAAGAGCAAGCUUCCCCCAUCGUUACCUCACCUCCUGGAUCAAUUAUAUAUCCUCUUACUUUCCCCUUGCUGCUUCUCUGUUUCCCUUCUAAAGUCCUGUUGUUUUUGUUUUCUCUUUACUACCCUCGCCAAUCACUUCUCUUCUCAACUAUCCUUGGUUUUCCUCUCCACACCUAUCUCAAAAUGCACAGAACUUACUCUUUACGAAACUCAAGGGCUCCCACUGCUUCCCAGUUGCAGUCUCCUCCUCCUCCAAUUUCCUCCACCAAAAAACACUACUUUGGUAAAUCCGGCAUUGCUUCGUCCUUUAGAAAGAACACUGCUGGCACUUUUGGCCCGGAACUCUCGCGAAAGCUAGCUCAAUAUGUCAAAAUGGAGAAAAACGUAAUGCGUGCCUUGGAAUUGGUCGCAAGCGAAAGACGAAAUGUAGCCAAACAACUAUCUCUCUGGGGUGAAGAAAACGAAGACGACGUCUCCGAUAUCACUGAUAAAUUGGGUGUUCUAAUGUACGAAUUGGGCGAAUUGGACGACCUAUUCAUUGACCGUUACGAUCAGUACAGAUUAACCGUCAAGUCCAUAAGAAACAUUGAGUCCUCUGUUCAGCCAUCAAGGGACAGAAAGGCUAGAAUCACUGAUAAAAUUGCCUACUUGAAGUAUAAAGACCCUCAAUCCCCUAAAAUCAUGGUCUUGGAACAGGAAUUGGUUCGUGCUGAAGCGGAAUCCUUAGUGGCUGAAGCUCAGUUAUCCAACAUCACCAGAGACAAAUUAAAAUUGGCCUUCAACUACCAAUUUGACUCAAUUCGUGAACACGCUGAAAAAAUGGCCCUCAUCGCAGGCUACGGCAAAGCUUUACUAGAACUAUUAGACGACAAUCCUGUUAUUCCUGGUGAGACCAGACCUGCUUAUGACGGUUACGAAGCAUCAAAACAAAUAAUCAUCGAUGCUGAAAACUCCCUAAGCAACUGGACCCUCGACUCUGCCGUUGUUAAACCUUCCUUAUCCAUGCACAACACAAGCAACGAGGUUUAUGAUACCAGCGACGAAGAAGCAAUAGAAAAUGCUGAAUACCAAAAACACCAACAGGAUUUAGAAAAUGAAUUGAAUGGUAUGACUGAAACCGAAAAACAUUUCGAUCAAGGUCACCAUGAACAGAUUACUGCUUAAUUUUUAUUCCUACCUCUACCUAUCUACUUAUUUAUUUACUUUUUUUAUCUAAUUAUCUUCUUAUUUCCUUAUUUACUUACUUGAUUACUUUAUAAAAUAAAAACAAAAAAACAAAAAAACAAACAAACAAACAAAAAAACAAAAAAAA